UAAAAAUGUUCUUGAUAUUGUUUCUUGCCAUGUUGGUGCAUUUUUUUUUUUUUUUUUAAUUGUGUUUUGUUCUCUCUAUUAGACACUUUGGGGCUUUCUAUCCAACUGGUGAUGAUGGCUCAUAUAUCAUGACCGGGGAAGGGGCAGGUGCUGGUCACAACAUUAAUGUCCCUUGCGAGCAUGGCCAGUGUGGAGAUGCUGACUACCUCGCUGUUUGGGACCACAUAUUGAUCCCCGUUGCUAAGGAAUUCGAACCCGACAUGAUAAUCAUCUCUGCUGGAUUUGAUGCAGCGAAAGGGGAUCCUUUGGGGGGAUGUUGUGUUAGUCCAAAUGGGUACUCAAUUAUGCUCCACAAGUUGAUGGAGUUUGGUGGGGGAAAGAUUGUUAUGGCACUCGAAGGAGGAUAUAAUCUGAACUCAACUGCAAGUUCUGCUCGGGCAUGUGUUGCUUCACAACGAGCCUCCUAAUGUGGUGUCGGAGGCUCACCCUUUUGCUUCUACAUGCCACUUGAUACAAAACGUAACUGUUAAAUAUGAAAGCUUUUGAACUAGUUCAAUUGAUGUACUUAAAAGAACACAUACGUUUCUUAUCUUUGAACUUGAUGACAUGAUAUGUAAGUGGGUUUUUGUGUUUAGGUAUGCCAAGUGUUAAGGCCGUAUUGGCCAGUACUUGCACAUAUUCUUCUGACUGAAUCAGAUCC